AGAGAGAGAGAGAGAGAGGGAGGGGAAAAUGGCUGGACGGAAAGUCCCCGUGUGGAAAUCCCCUUGACUGUUUCCUUUUAAACAAACUAUGGGUAGAGAACAUGUGACCUUCUGUGAAAGGCUCCUCAGCCUGACGGUGAAGAGAAAGGAGGCUUUGAAUGGCGCCGUGGAUCAGAACCGAGCCUGAGGAUCUGUCAGGGCUUUGUUUUUAGCCCCGACAUUUACACAGUGUCCACGUGGGCGCCCCCUCCCCCCUCCCUUCGUCCGUCCGUCCGUCCGUCCACCACCCGUCUACCAUGUCACAGGGGCAGAACUUCCUCCCCAAGUUUCUCUUUGUCUCCAACCUGCUGAAGGCGGUGAAGAUCAGGCAGCGAGUCCCCAACGACGUGGUGAAGCCCAGCUCCAGCUCCAGCUCCAGCUCCAGCUCCAGCUCCGCUCUGAUGCACCACCUCCGAGGGAUGCACAGGUACACGCUGGAGAUGAUCGCCAUGAACCACUUCCCCCAGGCCUUCAGGGAGGUGGUCCAGGCCGCCAUCCUGGACCGGGCCAUGCAGCUGUCGCUGGAGCAGGAGAAGAAGCUCAACUGGUGCCGGGAGGUGAAGAAGAUGGUGCCCUUACGUACCAACGGUGACGGGAACUGUUUGCUCCAUGCAGCCUCUCAGUACAUGCUGGGCGUCCAGGACACAGACCUGGUCCUGAGGAAAACUCUCCACAGUGUUUUAAAGGACACAGACACAGGAGCGUUCAGAGCUCGAUUCCAGGCCGAGCUGCUUCAGUCUCAGGAGUUCACCCAGACUGGACUCCGCUACACCACCAUGAACUGGGAGGAUGAGUGGGAGAAGAUCGUGAAGAUGGCGUCUCCGGUCUCCAGCAGUAAUGGUCUACAGUUUGACUCUUUGGAGGACAUUCACAUCUUCAUCCUCUCCAACAUCCUCCGCAGACCCAUCAUCGUUAUUGCAGAUCAGGUUGUCAGGAGUAUGAAGUCUGGCUCCUCCAUCUCUCCUUUAAAUGUGGGGGGGGUUUAUUUGCCCCUCCAGUGGGCUCCAGCAGAGUGUUACAAAUACCCCAUCGUGCUGGGCUACGACUCUCAACACUUUGCCCCUCUUAUCACCAUUAAAGACAGUGGCCCAGAGAUCAGAGCCGUGCCACUGAUAAAUCCAGGACGCAGUGACUUUGAGGAGCUCAAGGUCCAUUUCCUGAUGGAGAAGGAACAGCAGCAGAGGGAGAAGCUUCUCAAAGACUACUUGGUUCUGGUCGAGAUCCCAGUCAUAGGUCUGGGCUACGACGUCCUACGGAUCAUCAACGCUGCAAGACUGGAUGAGGGCAACCUGCCUGAGGACAUGAACCUGAUGGAGGACUACCUGCAGCUGGUCAACCACGAGUACCAGCGCUGGCAGGAAGACAAGGAACAGGCGUGGGCCGCCCAGCCUCAGCGACCCCCCCCCUUUUCUGUCUCACAGCUGUCCCUCAUCGAGAUCCGCUGUGCCACGCCGCGAUGCACCUUCUACGUGUCUGUGGACACGCAGCCUCACUGCCACGAGUGCUUUGAGAAACGUCAGGCCACCACUGGUGGGGGGGGGCGAAUGGAAGGGGUGGGGGGGGGCCAGGGGCCACUGCCGGUCUGUGGGCUCAGUGUUGGGACCAUUAUCACAGUCAUGCUGACUUCUUCUCCUCUUCUGUUGAAGAACUGGGAGGAUGAGUGGGAGAAGAUCGUGAAGAUGGCGUCUCCGGUCUCCAGCAGUAAUGGUCUACAGUUUGACUCUUUGGAGGACAUUCACAUCUUCAUCCUCUCCAACAUCCUCCGCAGACCCAUCAUCGUUAUUGCAGAUCAGGUUGUCAGGAGUAUGAAGUCUGGCUCCUCCAUCUCUCCUUUAAAUGUGGGGGGGGUUUAUUUGCCCCUCCAGUGGGCUCCAGCAGAGUGUUACAAAUACCCCAUCGUGCUGGGCUACGACUCUCAACACUUUGCCCCUCUUAUCACCAUUAAAGACAGUGGCCCAGAGAUCAGAGCCGUGCCACUGAUAAAUCCAGGACGCAGUGACUUUGAGGAGCUCAAGGUCCAUUUCCUGAUGGAGAAGGAACAGCAGCAGAGGGAGAAGCUUCUCAAAGACUACUUGGUUCUGGUCGAGAUCCCAGUCAUAGGUCUGGGCUACGACGUCCUACGGAUCAUCAACGCUGCAAGACUGGAUGAGGGCAACCUGCCUGAGGACAUGAACCUGAUGGAGGACUACCUGCAGCUGGUCAACCACGAGUACCAGCGCUGGCAGGAAGACAAGGAACAGGCGUGGGCCGCCCAGCCUCAGCGACCCCCCCCCUUUUCUGUCUCACAGCUGUCCCUCAUCGAGAUCCGCUGUGCCACGCCGCGAUGCACCUUCUACGUGUCUGUGGACACGCAGCCUCACUGCCACGAGUGCUUUGAGAAACGUCAGGCCACCACUGGUGGGGGGGGCAGAAUGGAAGGGGUGGUGCAGGCCAAGGUUGGGGGGGUGCAGGGGGUGAUGGGGGGAUCGGAGAACGAUGUGAACUCAAGGGGCGGUCGAACCGGCAGCCCGACGUCCUCCACGUCUGGGAGAGGGGUCGUCGUGUCCAGCCCCCGCUCGGCCCCCCCCACCGCCCCCAGCCUCAGCCUGUACAGUGAGACUCACGCCAUGAAGUGCAAGACGCCCGGCUGCCUCUUCACCCUGAGUGUGGAGCACGACGGACUGUGUGAGCGCUGCUUCAACUCCAGGCAGAAUCCUGGAGCUCCAGGACCUGGGACGGCUCCCGCAGGAUUGUCAGGUCCAAAUGGGGGACCAAAAGAGCCCCCUCCUCCGGGUGAGGGCUCCAGUUGGGCCCAGUGGGGGGCCUGUGAGGUUCAGGCAGAACGCUGUGGCAUGUGUCGACAAGAGACACUGAGAACAUUCAAUGGCCUUUGUCCGACCUGCAUGCAGAGACCACCGGCUCCAGAGAGGGGGGACCCUCAGCAGAGCAACCCCAGGACCGAGGCCUCGUCCUCAGCGUGGAGCCAAACCAGGGAUGCUGAGCGGCCCUGCCUGACCCUGACCCCAGGGCACACGUCUGCCUGGCAGACGCCCCUGGCCCGGCCGUGUAAGAGAUCCGGUUGCCAGUUUUUCGGGACCCCAGAGAAGCUGGGUUUCUGCACUAUCUGCUACGUAGACUAUCAGACCAACCACCACAUGACCCCGCCCCCCCCCGCUCCAGCGCAGAGCCGCCACGGUUUGGAGGCUGGCUUCCAAAACGCCUCUAAGUGUCGCGGCCCCGGCUGCGGUGCCGUUGGUAAAGCCAUGUUGGAGGGCUACUGCGACAAGUGCUACGUCAAAGAGCAGAGUGCGAGGCUUAACCAGGCGGCACAUCGUACGACACACUCUCCACCUGCAGUCAUGCGUGACAGAGCGGUCAAACCCAGAGCCUCACAGCAGCCCCAGACCCAGACCCAGACCCAGACCCAGACCCAGAGCCAGACCCAGACCCAGAGCCAGACCCAGAGCCAGUGCAGAAGGAGUGGCUGCAGUAACGUUUCCCCUGGAUGCACUGACCUUUGCCCAGAGUGCCACACACGGGGCCAGGGCAGAGAGGUGGGCCGGCGGGCGCAGGCGCCCAAGGAGAAGUCCAAGCAACGCUGCAGAACGCAGGGCUGUGACCAUUACGCCAACCAGGAGAAACAGGGCUACUGUAACGAGUGUGACCACUUCAAACAGAUCUACCGCGGCUGACGUCCUCUCAAGCCAUGCUCGCCGCCGUGGUCACCACAUGUAGCUAGCAUGCUAGAGCCGCUAUCCAUGCCAGUCAAUGCACCUCUGAUACUAACUACCCAACCAACUAACUAACUAGCUAUGGACUAACUAGUAACCUUAUGGCCUGAAACUCAAACCCCCCCUUGUAGAAUGUGAAGAGAGAGUGUGUAAACAUGGGGGGAUUUACUGUGUGUGUGUGUGUGUGUGUGUGUGUGUGUGCAGUAGACAUUAAUAACUCACAGUGAGAGGUUUGACUCCGUGUCACUGACUUCACACCUGAAGUCUGUACUGAAUCACAAAGAUUGACAAAGACAAAAUGAUUGUAUGUUGAAGCAACAGAAGAAUCUGACACUGACCAGACAACAGCCAAGGAUGACUGACUGACUGACUGACUGACUGACCGACUGUCUGUCUGACUGACUGUCUGACUGUCUGACUGACUGUCUGACUGUCUGACUGACUGUCUGACUGUCUGACUGACUGUCUGACUGACUGACUGUCUGUCUGACUGACUGUCUGACUGUCUGACUGACUGACUGACUGUCUGUCUGACUGACUGACUGACUGACUGUCUGUCUGUCAUUUGCUGUGAAAAUGAAUGCAGUUGUUGCCCUUGUUGCCCUUGUUGCCCUUGUUGCCCUUGUGUCACUCUGUUGAAGCAGUGAAGUCAUGAACCCUGGACCAAAGCAACAGUUUUAGAAAAUCCAACAACUCUGAUCAUCAACGUUCAUUUAAACCACAACUUGUCUAGAAGAACUGGACCGGGGUUAGGGUGAGGUCACUGACCCCUGAAGGGUUAGGGUGAGGUCACUGACCCCUGAAGGGUUAGGGUGAGGUCACUGACCCCUGAAGGGUUAGGGUGGACACACUGCAGAACUGACCAUGCUGGCCUUAAAUCCUGUGUUUGCUCUUCAUGAACCCAUGCCUUGAUGCUUUCCUUCCUUUGGACUUUGAAAGGGUAACCUCCCUCCCCUGACCCCUGACCCCUGACCCGACCCCCCUUGAAUGUCUUCAUACUGUACUGGGGCUGAUUGUGGAUGAGACUUACCUUUAAGUAGUCAUUUCUAACCAGUUGGUUCUGAUCCGCUCCACGUCGGUUCAACGCUCCUGUGAAUAUGGAUCUAAGUCACACACACAUACCUGUUUUUAUAUGUUUUAGGGUCUUUUCUACAAUGAUUUACAUUUAGAUUCUGUUUGUUUUUCCGUCCUUUGAACCUGUACCUGACACAGCUGCCGUCGACCUGGUCUGUCGACCUGGUCUGUCGACCUGGUCUGCAGACCUCCCUCUGUGGCUGGGGUCAAACCUUGUUUUGUUUCUGUCUUUAAAUCAAUGUUUUUGAAGCUGUCAGGGGCCGCGCUGUGCUGGGGUGGUUAUUACACUUGCCUUACAGCAAGGAAGUCAGUGGAGCCCAGACUGAUGUUGCAGGUCAGGGUUCUCCAGGGUCCCCCCCCCCCAGUCUGAGAACGUACAUGUUGUGUGUUAAUUCAGUAAGUGGAUGUUGGUUCAAAUCCCCACCACGGGGGUCUUUAAUCACUUCAAGACUAACGUCCAUCCCUUCAAGGCCGCUGACUUCACCUCCUCGGCUCCUCGGUGGCCCGUUCUAGAACCUUCAGUGCAGGACGCAGAGCUGGUCAGAUGCUGUGGCCGGUCUCAGCAGCAGAGGGAGCAGAAGGUGUGUCUGACCUUUGUCUGACCUUUGUCUGACCUUAACCCUUUGGGCUGUUAUAUGAAGAAAAGUCUGGUUGAUUUGUUGACUAUUUAUUCAUAUGAAGAUGAAGGUGUUACUGUGUGAUUCAAUCAUUAUUUAUAUGUUGUCCUGAAAAUAAACUAUUUUUAUUAAGA